AUGGGAAGGAUUGCUCAGUUACAAGGACUUGUCCGAUUUGUCAUUUAUCGAGAAGCAAAUGAAUGGAAGCGUUCGAUCACCUUAUCGACACACGAGCCGCCGCCGCCGCCGACACCGAACGCGAGCUCGGACGGACCUGAAAUCGUCCGUCCGGUCGAAGAAGAAGAAGAAGAAGACGAGCCCAUGCGACUGCGGGACCAGCUCUGUUAUGCGUGUCUGGUCACCUUCAACGACCAUCAAUACAUCGCCCAUUCCUCGCAAUCUGGCCAUGAUUGGGUCCAGUUGCCCGGCUUCUAUCAGCCGCUUACUCAGCUUCCUGUCGCCCCCGCUGCUACCUCACCUCGUCCCUCUCUGUCUGCAAAUCAUCUCCAGGCCGUACUCGAUCAGUUCCUCAUCUCCGAUUGAUCUCCCCCCUCCCGGCUUCUUUGCUUACUAAUAUCAACUUGCCUCGAUCCUUUUUCCGUCCUUUCUGAGCUGACUAGGUCCUCUCUUUGCCAUCUUUUC